GAGAAGAAGUGUUUUGCUGAAUACCGGCGGUGGAUCCGACGGCGAUGGCGAAGACCGGUGUUUUCGAUUCGGAUCCGACGGCGAUUGCGAAAGCCAAGGAACUGAAGCGUGAGAUGAAGAAGUUGCUGAUUAAGAUCGAAGAUGAAGAUGACUUUGGGGUUCAGACAAUUGAUCAGUUACAAGAGGCUUUGUCUGCGUUGAGAGAAGCGACUAUGAGGAAGAUGGCGAAAUCGUCUUCACUGGAGAUGCUCGAGACUGUGUCUUGUCCUGAGGAGUUUCGUUGUCCUCUCUCUAAUGAGCUUAUGAGGGAUCCUGUUGUUUUGGCUUCUGGUCAGACAUACGACAAGUUAUUUAUCCAGAAAUGGUUGAGCUCAGGCAACAGAACAUGUCCCAAGACUCAGCAAGUUCUGCCUCACACGGCUUUAACACCUAAUCUCUUAAUCCGUGAAAUGAUCUCAAGAUGGUGCAAGAAGAUCGGGCUAGAGACGAAGAACCAAUAUCAUCCCAACCUUGUUAAUGAAGAGGAAGCUGUCACAAGAUCAGAUCGUGAGAUUUUCAAUUCCUUGCUCUGUAAAGUCUCUUCUUCGAACCUUCAAGAUCAAAAAUCAGCUGCCAAGGAGCUAAGACUUCUGACCAAGAAAGGCACUGAGUUCCGAGCUCUUUUUGGUGAAUCUCCGGAUGAAAUCACCCGGUUGGUUAAUCCGUUGUUACACGGGUCAAACCCAGAUGAGAAGCUUCAAGAAGAUGUGGUCACAACAUUGUUGAACAUAUCCAUACAUGAUGACAGCAACAAGAAGCUCGUCUGCGAAAAUCCUAAUGUGAUUCCUCUCCUUAUCGAUGCAUUGAGGCGUGGAACGGUAGCCACAAGAAGCAAUGCGGCUGCAGCGAUCUUCACUUUGUCGGCACUUGAUUCGAACAAAGUACUUAUAGGGAAGUCCGGAAUCUUGAAACCGCUUAUUGAUCUCCUAGAAGAAGGGAAUCCAUUAGCUAUCAAAGACGUAGCUGCAGCGAUCUUCACUCUUUGUAUAGCUCAUGAAAACAGGAGUAGAGCUGUGAGAGACGGAGCUGUUAGGGUUUUAGGUAAGAAAAUCUCAAAUGGGUUGUACGUCGAUGAGCUUUUAGCUAUAUUGGCAAUGCUUGUUACUCACUGGAAGGCUGUGGAGGAAUUGGGUGAGCUCGGUGGGGUUUCAUGGUUGCUGAAGAUAACUAGAGAGAGCGAGUGCAAGCGUAACAAAGAGAAUGCGAUAGUGAUACUGCAUACUAUAUGUUUCAGCGACAGGACAAAGUGGAAGGAGAUCAAAGAAGAGGAGAAUGCUCAUGGAACGAUAACAAAGCUUUCGCGUGAAGGAACUUCAAGGGCACAGAGGAAAGCAAAUGGGAUCUUGGACAGACUGAGAAAAGCUAUGAAUCUCACUCAUACAGCCUGAGAGAAGCCUUGGAUUCCGCAAUGUAAAUUAUCUAAAAUCCUGUUCUUUUUUACUUUAUUUGGCUUUAAGAAUUUUUGUAAAUGAUUCAUAUCUUUAGGAUCUGAAUGAUUAUGGUUUUCGUAUAUGAGAUGUAAGUAGAAAUCUGUGUGAAUAGUUUUUUCCGUUUGAUGUUUCUGGAGAAUCAAAUCAAUCAAUAAAAAUCAACGUUGGUGGCUUUAUUCAGCUGUGAACGCCUUGGUCAACAAGUAACAGUGUGUAGCUUUUCGUCUUGUUCUUUGUAUAAAUGUAAGUACAUUAU